AUGUAUGUGAAAUGGUUUGAUACAGUAAUGGAAUACUAUGUGAUUUUAGUGAUUUUAGUGAAUGUCACUUUUUGUCAUUUUUGAAUUUGCCGCCGUUCCGUCCCCCGUACGUCCCAACGCUCACAGGGGACGGAACCCAGAUGACAGAUGCCGGCAUCCGCCGGAUUACAUUGUCGGGGACACUGCAGGAGGGACAUCGUGGGAGCGCAGGACAAGGUAAGUGAUACAGGGAUCGUGGAGCAGCGCCGCAUGGUAAGCCCGAGUGUAGCUUGGGGUUACCGCUUGUGCUACACUCGGGAAUACCGCCAGGGAGGUUAAGCAA